AUGGAUCCCGCGGAGCUUUUUGGGACAGGUAAUCUCCCCGACUCAGAGCCAUCACUACCGGAGAUCAAGCAGGAUGCCAGUCCCCUCUUCACCGUUCUACCAGCAGAGGUUCGCAAUCGCAUCUACACCUUUUCUCUCGAAUAUUCGGGGGUCCUGCCGUGGUCCGACACAAAGGCAUCAGGUGCGAGCUACGACGGUGACCAGAGCACAAGCACAAGCGCGCCGUAUCGGGGCAACGCUUUCUACUUUCGACCCGGUUACAAUCAACCAAAGCGCAUCCUGACGUCUCUCCUUCAAACAUGCCAGGCAAUCUACAAUGAAGCCUCCCUGCUCCCGCCCGCGGUCAGUGAACACACCUUCUGGUUCUACCGUGGCCCGCCACAUGUCAAAGAUGCUUCGUCUCCGCUGAGGUAUUUCGCCAAAAUGACUCCCAAGCAGCGAGCUCAAGUGCAGCACCUGCAUUUCUUCACUCAGCAAUUCUUUCUCGAGGACAAGAUCUGGUCCACCGUUUGGAACGGAAUCGAGAUCGUCCGUCGAGACAAGGACAAAGCUCAGGAAGCAGGCGCCGCCGAUGGCUCUGGUCAUGAAUCAAAGACUACCACGUCUCCCACUUCUCCUAGCCCUCCCACAUCUUCGUCUUCUUCACCUCAAUUUUCAACGUCGGAUCUCUCCUUCUCGAUCGCCGUGCCAAAAGCCCGACGAACGGAAACGAUCAAGAUCUCCCCUCGGACCCUCACAAUCACCCUCCGCCACACGGACUGGUGGUUCUGGGAGAACGACCAACCUCUCGGCAUAGACCCCUUCCGCGUUGGCCGUACCAUCUUUUCCCGACCCCCAUCCCCACCGGCCGAAAUGUCACCAGACUCACGGCCUUCAUUUCCCAUGAAGAGGCCGUGGGGUGAGCAAUUUGUCACCAUGCCUAGCUUGGAAGAACUCACCAUCGAGUUCGAAACGGUCAUGCGCAAACGUGAUCAACUCGACGAUAUUAUCCAACGAGCCUUGCAUUGGAGGUUCCCACUUCGUCACCGCCCAUGGAAGAGCGAAAUGAUUUACCUAGUCCCAGAGCCCAGGUCUGUUCAGGCGUACACAUGGGUGGGUGCGACAGAGAGCGAAUUGAAAUGUCAGGGGACGAAGCGGUCGGCGCUAGUUCCGCAAUUUGCGCGCGUGAAUCACAGUCCAAAGAUGGGUGAGGGCACUUCUGUCGCGGCGUGGGAGGACCGCACUGUGCCCGAAAGACCGGUUUUGAGGCCGUACACGAUUGGAGAUGGGCCUCGGUCUGGGUUGCCGGAGGGAACGGAAGAGUAUUAUGUGGUUUUUGUGACCUGGAAGUGUCAAGCUGAAGAUGAGGAAGCAGCUACGCCUGCCGGGGAGACUUGA